UAAGACAUGAAUUUAUGUUGCUGUGUAAGGGCAAAUGGCUGUUCGCUGAUGCCUUGUUUCAGAAACAUUCACAAUGGCAGCCGCCAAGGAGGUGCAAGAGGCUGCUGCUACGCAUGCGGGGGAAGGGGCCACGGUGACGCUGGUGGCCGGCGACACGCGGCUGGAGGCGCACAGGGCCGUCCUGGCAGGCAGGAGCCCCGUGUUCGCCGCCAUGCUCUGCCAGGACACGCCGGAGGCCAGCAGCAGUGUGGUCGCAGUCCCCGACGUGGAGGGCCCGGUGCUGCACCAGCUGCUGGCCUGCAUGUACUCCCUCCGUGCUCCCGAGGUGCCCCGCAUGGCCACACGACUCCUGGCAGCUGCCGACAGGUACGGCGUGUGGGGGCUGAAGGUCCAGUGCGAGGAGCAGCUGGCCAGUCAGCUGUCAGCAGAGAACGCGGCGCGCACGGCGGUGCUGGCAGUGAGGCACUCCUGUCCCAGCCUCGCAGAGGUCGCUGUCGCCUUCAUAAAAGCCAACUCGCUGGUGUUUGCCACAGCGGGUUGGGCCGAUGCGGUCCUCAACCACCCUGAUGAGGUGGUCAAAGUGAGUCAGUUGCUCGGUGGGCCACUAACAGAAACCAGGAGCCUUCCUGGAAAGAAGAGCAGCCGAGGACUGAUCCAGGCAGCUAAGGAGGGGGCGGUGGAGGAGCUCAGGGUGCUUCUCGCGACAGGGGCGAAAGUGGGGGCGAGGGACGAGGACAUGUGGACUGCUCUGCACUGGGCAGCUGACAGGGGACACCUGGAAGCAGUAACAUGUCUGUUGGAAGGUGGAGCAGAGGUGGAUGUGAGGGACAGCAGGCAGAACACGCCGCUGCACUGGGCUGCAUACCGUGGUCACGUGACUGACACGGCGAUUGCUGGACUCCUCUGCUGA